AUGUUGUCUAGAGCACCACUCUCUAGUGUAGACAAUAGGAAACAGAACAAUUUUGAUGUGUUCAGACUGGAAGUUGAACGACUUGAUGCCUUAGCAAAUCCGCAGCUUCUACCAAAGACAACGAUAAGUCUUCAGGCUGCAACAGCGAAAGAUCGAGAUUUAGCUCAGCUGUUGAAGGUGAUUUUGUCAGGGUGGCCCGAUAUAAAGUCUCACCUUCCAAGUUGUGUUAAGCCAUACUGGUGUUUUCGUGAUGAAAUGUCUGUUCACAAUAGUGUAAUUUAUCGUGGUAGCCAAGCUGUUAUCCCAAAGUCCAUGCGCAGAGAGAUGCUGAUGAAGAUUCAUGCAUCGCAUGCAGGCGCAGAAAGUAACAUACGAAUGGCGAAGGACAUUGUUCACUGGCCUGGAAUGCAACCUGAAAUUAAAGAUAUGUGUCAAAGUUGUGGACAAUGUGCUCAAUUUGGAAGAGAAAAUACAAGAGAGCCCAUGAAGUCACAACCUAUCCCACAAUAUCCGUGGCAAUUUGUAGGUCAGGAUAUAUUUCAGUUUGAAUCAAGUAGUUAUCUGGUUACAGUUGGUCAUUAUUCUGACUUUAUUGAACUUGACGAGUUGGAUAACACAUUAUCAUCAACCGUUAUUAAACACUCGAAGUCGCAUUUUGCUCUUCAUGGUAUUCCGGAGGUGUUGCUUUCAGACAAUGGACCGCAAUUUGUUAGCACGGAAUUUGCUGCCUUUUGUGAUCUUUAUGGAAUAACACAUAUAACAUCGUCACCAUAUUGGCCAAGGGGUAAUGGAAAGGCGGAAUCGGCGGUAAAGAUAGUGAAAACGUUUAUGAAAAAAUGUGCAGAUAUCCAAUUGGCUCUCCUUACUUAUAGAAACACCCCACAGGAGGGACAUUCAUUAAGUCCAGCACAGAGGAGUAUGGGUCGCAGGACUAGACUUAACAUUCCAGUGUCCCCAGAGAUGCUUGGGCCUGAUAAAGUUGUGUCAAAGUUGGUAGUCAGAAAUCAGUCUCAAAAGAGAGAAGGCGAAGAAGUUUUAUGA